AUGUCUGAUAGCCAGUCCGCCCUCAACGCUCACAACGAUGGUGAAUAUAUUCCUGCGAACCUUGCCUCCCUGAUGCGGGAUACUAACCACCUACCAGCUCGCCGCGAGGCUCCCGGCCAGCAGCGUCCAGAUCUUACCUGGGACGACGGCCUUGCCAACGACGCCAAGCAGUAUGCGCAGCAUCUGGCAGAUACUAAGAAAUUCGAGCACUCGGGAGUUGACGGUCAAGGGGAGAACCUUUUCAUGUCCAGUGGGGAUGCCAGUCUGGCCGAUGCCACCCGCGCAUGGCUCAACGAGAAGCCUAACUACCACGGCGAGAACAUCCCAGACGGCGAUUUUGGAAGCUACGGCCACUACACCCAGUGCAUCUGGCCGACGACUACCAAGGUCGGCAUCGCGUCCGCCAAGGCCUCGGAUGGCGCGACUUAUAUCGUGGGCAGGUACACGCCACCAGGGAACUGGAUGGGCCAGAACGCCUACGGCACCGACAACAAGGUCGCAGUCUCAGCAGCGACCGACGCGGCGCCGGCCGAGUCGUCGGAGUACACCGUCGUCGACGGCGACUCCAUGUGGAACAUCUCCCAGAAGCUCGACGUGUCCCUGGACGGCCUCAAGGCCCGCAACCCGCAGAUCUCGGGCCCGGACUUCGUGGUCCGCAAGGGCGACGUGCUCACCGUCCCCUGCAAGAGCUCGCAGAAGCAGUUCGGCGUCAAGGUCCUGUCCGCGAUCCAGAGCACCGGCGGCGGCUACGUCGUCGUCCCCGGCGACAGCCUCUGGGCCAUCGCGCAGAAGCUCGGCGUGGACCUUGCUGCGCUCCAGGCGGCGAACCCGGACGUUCGGCCCCCGGACUACCAGGUCAAUGUCGGCCAGACCCUCAACGUCCCGGGCCAGAGUGGUGGUAACCAGACCUACACUGUCGUUGCCGGCGAUACCAUGUACAACAUCGCCGAGAGGUCUGGGGUCAGCCUGCAGGACCUUCAGGCCGCCAACCCUCAAGUCCAGCCCCCGGACUAUGCACUUCACGAGGGCGACGUGCUAACCAUCCCAGCCGGUGGCCACGCGCCUACUAACCCGCCUGCGACUGGCGGCGGCAGCGGCGGUAUCGUGCACUACAGCGGGCCGAGCAGCAACUUCCCAGGACCGGACAAGUGGGUGUCGUGGGAGACGAUGUCGGCGCACAACGCCCAGGUGAUGAACACGACGGGCAACUCGGCGCAGGAGACGCAGUGGGUCCUGGACGCGGUGGCCACGGUGUCCGGCGAGCUGAACAUCGACCGCCGCUGCAUCCUCGCCGUGAUAAUGCAGGAGUCACACGGCAAGGUGCGCGUCGAAAGCACCACGUCGCCCGGCGCCGGCGUCAACAACACCGGCAUCAUGCAGGCCCACAACGGCGCCUCGUUCAACGAGGGCGACCCCCAGGGCUCCAUUCUGCAGAUGGUUCGCGACGGUGCUGGCGGCGUCCCGGGGCCCGCGGGUGGUGAUGGCUACAGGCAGCUCCUGGACCGCUAUAACAACGACUUCUACGUCGCUGCUAGGGGCUACAACUCGGGAGAUCUGGGCAUCAAUUUCCAGGACUUGAGCUCGGGUGGCGGCGCAACGAAUGCCUACUGCUCUGAUCUCGCAAACAGGCUGUGUGGUGUGGACCCUAACUGA